CCUCCACAUCCACCAUUGCCUCCACCUCCACCAUCACCUCCACCUCUACCACCAUUACCUCCACCAUCACCUCCACCAUUACCUCCAACGUCGCCUCCACCUCCACAUCCACCAUCACCUCCACCUCUACCAUCACCCUCACAUCCAGCUACCAUCACCCUCACAUCCACCAUCACCUCCACCUCCAUUAGCAUCACUACCUCCUCUACCUCCACCAUCGCCUCCACCUCCAGCACCAUUUCCUCCACAUCCACCAUCGCCUUUACCUCUACCAUCACCCUCACAUCCACCAUCACCUCCACCACCUCCUCCCUCACCAUCACUACCUCCCCCACCUGCAUCAUCGCCUCCAACUCCACACCAUUAGCUCCACCUCUACCACUAUUACCUCCACCAUCACAUCCACCAUCACCUCCACCAUCUCCAUCACUACCUCCUCUACCUCCACCAUCGCCUCCACUUCCAUCACCAUUUCCUCCACCAUCACAUCCACCAUCACCUCCACCUCUGCUAUCACCCUCACAUCUGCUAUCACCUCCAUCACUACCUCCCCCACCUCCACCAUCCACCAUUGCCUCCACUUCCAUCACCAUUACCUCCACCAUCAUCACCUUCAUCUCUGCCUCCAUCUUCACCAUCACCAUCACCUCCACCUUCACCACCACCAUCACCUUUAUGGAAGAUCCCUACAGAAAUUGA